CGCCCGCGCGGAGGGCAGGAACCACCUCCGCGUGCCGCGUAGCCCAGGCCCUCGGCUGCCCGGCGCCGAGCCCUCCGCCUGCAGCCGGCCCUGGCCUCUCCUCCCCCCGGUGAAAGAGGAGGGAUGUCCGCUGCCGCCUCCGCUGAAAUGAUUGAAACCCCCCCGGUCCUUAACUUCGAAGAAAUUGACUACAAAGAGAUCGAGGUGGAAGAGGUUGUUGGAAGAGGAGCCUUUGGUGUGGUCUGCAAGGCAAAAUGGCGAGCUAAAGAUGUAGCCAUUAAACAAAUAGAAAGUGAAUCUGAAAGAAAAGCCUUCAUUGUAGAGCUUCGACAACUGUCACGAGUAAACCAUCCCAAUAUUGUCAAGUUAUAUGGAGCCUGUCUAAACCCAGUGUGUCUUGUUAUGGAGUAUGCUGAAGGAGGUUCUCUAUACAAUGUGCUGCAUGGUGCUGAACCUCUGCCUCAUUAUACAGCUGCACAUGCCAUGAGUUGGUGUUUACAGUGUUCCCAAGGAGUGGCAUAUCUCCACAGUAUGAAACCAAAGGCUCUAAUUCACAGAGACCUGAAACCACCAAAUUUGCUCUUGGUAGCUGGGGGGACAGUUCUAAAAAUCUGUGACUUUGGUACAGCCUGUGAUAUUCAAACACACAUGACCAACAAUAAGGGAAGUGCUGCUUGGAUGGCACCUGAAGUUUUUGAAGGUAGCAAUUACAGUGAAAAAUGUGACGUUUUCAGUUGGGGUAUUAUUCUCUGGGAGGUAAUAACCCGUAGGAAACCUUUUGAUGAGAUUGGUGGUCCAGCUUUCCGCAUAAUGUGGGCAGUUCACAAUGGUACUCGGCCACCACUGAUCAAAAACUUACCUAAACCAAUUGAGAGUUUAAUGACCCGUUGCUGGUCCAAGGAUCCCUCACAACGACCAUCCAUGGAGGAAAUUGUUAAAAUAAUGACACACUUGAUGCGGUACUUUCCAGGAGCUGAUGAACCUCUGCAGUAUCCAUGCCAGUAUUCAGAUGAAGGCCAAAGCAACUCUGCCACUAGUACAGGUUCAUUCAUGGACAUCACUUCUACAAACACAAGUAACAAGAGUGAUGCUAACAUGGAACCAAGUGAAUUCCAGGGGGCUUCUACAAAUGAUACUAUUAAACGUUUGGAGUCAAAAUUGGCACAACAAAUGAAAAACACAGCUAAGCAGCCGGGCGAUGCUGGCCGCUUGAGUUUACCCCCAUCUCGUGGAAGCAGUGUGGAGAGCUUGUCAGAUGUUCGUGCACGACCACAGUCAUCCCUUGUUUCAGGAGAAGCCAAAAGGAUGAGUGCUGACAUGUCUGAAAUAGAAGCAAGAAUAGCUUCCAUCACAGCCUAUUCCAAACCUAAACGAGGCCAUCGUAAAACUGCUUCAUUUGGCAACAUACUGGAUGUCCCUGAGAUCAUCAUACCAGCAGGAAACGGACAGCAGAGGCGUAGAUCCAUUCAAGAUCUUAGUGUUGCUGGAACAGAGUCUAGUCAGGAGAGUAGAAACAGCAGUAGAUCGUCUAGUCCUAGUGUGAGAAUGAUCACUACCUCGGGACCAACCUCUGAAAAGCCAGCUCGUAAUCCAUGGACACCUGAUGAUGCAGAGACCAAUGGGUCAGAUAACUCCAUCCCAAUGGCAUAUCUUACAUUAGAUCAUCAAUUACAGCCUCUAGCACCGUGCCCGAACUCCAAAGAAUCUAUGGCUGUGUUUGAACAGCACUGCAAAAUGGCACAAGAAUAUAUGAAAGUUCAAACAGAAAUUGCAUUGCUGUUGCAGAGGAAACAAGAACUAAUAGCAGAACUGGACCAGGAUGAAAAAGACCAGCAAAAUACGUCCCGUCUGGUACAAGAACAUAAAAAGCUGUUAGAUGAAAACAAAAGUCUCUCAACUUACUAUCAGCAAUGCAAAAAACAAUUAGAGGUCAUCAGAAAUCAGCAACAGAAACGGCCAGGCACAUCAUGAUUUCCUGGGACCUUUCAAAUGAAAAAUAUGCACAGAAAAGACUGAUUUUUUUUUAAUUGUUACUAUUAUCCCUUAUUAUGACAACUCAUGAGUGUUAGCUUCUUGGUGUGAUCUGUAUUUGUCUGCUACACUUACCAUCGUUUAAUUUUCUUUUUCCUAUGGUGGACAUCCAGUUCAACAGGUUAAUUGAAUAAGGUGAGAGAACAGUGACUUGAAUUAACCAACAGCACUCAAUUUAAAGCAAGAACAGUGGCUGUAUGCAUGCUCCUUGUGUGAAGGCUAGCCUAACAAGUGUUAAAGUGGCUGCUAAAUUAUAAGAUCUUGUUUUUAGUUUUUGGUAUUACCUCGAUAUGAGCAAAACAAAAACUUCCCUGUUUAAGAAUGGUUUUGUUCCAGUGUCUCAUCUCAGACUAUUAAUAUGACAAUUAUUUUCAGGACUUAAAACAUGCAUCAAGCUGCAGAGGUGAUGCUGGCCAACUAGAGUAAUUCAUGAUGCAUUAGUAAUGCCUUUUACCUUUAGACAUAGUGUAUUUUUUCCACGUGCAAAAUGGUAGGCAAACUGAUGCCAGCAUCCUUGGUUCAGUGCUUGAUAAGCCCUGCAUUUUGACUAAUAUAUUUCUUGUACUCUUGCUUUCAUAAAAUAUUUGAAGUAAAAGUCUGUAUUUUCUUUACUUUCUUGGGGGGGAAUGACAUGCAGUUUCAGUUACUGGGCAAACAUUAGGAAGGAGAUUCACUGAGCAAAGUUGUUCGCUUCUAUAAAAGAGAGGGGGAAUCAAAAUUGUGUGAAAGUGUGUUUAAGACCUUUAAAGUUUUGUCCCUACAACAUCUUUGAAGAAAAUUCAGAAAUCAAAUUAAUACAAAACUUUAAAUACUUGCUCCCUCCCUUAUACCACUUCUUGGGUUUUGGUUGUUUGGGGUUUUUUUCUUAAACCUUAUUUGCUGAAAAGCACUUACCAUAAAUGUAAAUAAGUUUUGUUUAGCUAGGGAGGAGAAGGGUUUGGGGAAAUGAAUUUAUUUUAAAUCAAAUUAUGAAAUGGAGUCGAGUAUGCAAAUAGCGGAAGCUAUUAAGAGAAUGAGGGAAAUGGCUUAGAUCUCCAUCAGGAAUCUCAGUUAUUCCACUCAUUUGAACAUAGUUCAGAGGAAGUCCAUCACAGAAUGCCUGCUGUCUUCAUGACUGAAGAAUUGCUUUUAAUGAGCUCAAGCAGAAUAUGUAAUGAUCAGUGUCAUUAUUUACUGUUAUUACAUGGGAGAAAAUAACUACCUGUUUACAUUGCAGAUUGGUUAUUUGGAUUGUGAAUUAACUUUUAACUGGUGCAAAAAUGAGGCACUUCUAAACAUAAUGAGAAAUUAUUCCUUACAUAAGCUCUCGGUGUGCUCAGUUGUGGGCAGGGUUUUACUAAGAAACAGUCUUGCAAAAGGGAAACAGAAAAUUGUCAUUUAGCUGCUGAGCUCUUGAAAUACAAGAGAAGUGAUCUGAAAUUGGACUUGCUACGAAUGAAUAAUUAUUUACAAAAGCCCAUGAGCAGAACUUGGAAAAAAGGGUAAAAACCUCACAGUAUUUUUCUCUUCCCCUUCCUACCUAGCAGACAAAAAACAUCAAUACUCUUGUGCUUAUCUGUGGACAAGAAAGAUGAUGAACAUUUUACUGAACAGUGUCAUCCUGUCUUGAAAAUAAAUCUAUCACUGGCAAACCUUUGGGAGUCAGAAACCCUUCCCUCAUUUUAUUUAAAUAAAGGAAGGGUUAUCAUUCCCAAAACCUUAGCAGAUAAUUUGAUUAGUUAGCUGAAAUUGAUAUUGGGAUCAACUUAAGGGCACACAUAUUUAUAGCAAAAUGUAAUUGGCAGAGAAAAUAACUGUAGUAUUAGGAAUAGCACAAGUUAUCCAGAGCAUUGCUGUUCACAUACAUCUGUCCUUCUACCAAAAUGGACACACUCAGUGAUGAGCAGCUUACUUAACACACGCUGAAGCAUGAAGUAGGGCAGCAUAAAUACUGAUGCUCAACUUCGCAUGCAUGGUUGAUAAUUACAUACACAAAAUCAUUUCCCAGGACAGUUUUUGCAGUUUGCUCUGUCAUAAAACACAGACACUGUUUUCAGGUAAAUCAGUAUUGUAUAUGAAGAAUCACUUUAUGGCAAGUUAGAGUAAGGGAAGCAAUGCUAACUUGAUGGUACAUAAUACAGAAGUGUUUUCUAACAGUUGCUUAUGACUUGCUAGGGUUUACAUUGGAAUGGGUCUCAGACUGUAAAAUAAGUACUGUGCUACCAUGCACUGUUGAACUCUGCUCCAGUCGGUAGUUGGGUUAUAUUGGUUUUGUUCAAAUUUUCAAAGGGAAUUUGGAGUUUGACCUUUUGCUUCCAAAUUGUCCCUUUCUUAAUUCUACCAAAAGUUGAAAAAUUAUUUGCCCAGGUUUCACAGUGAAGCGUUCUGUGUGGCUAAGUCUCUGUAUCAUUAGCAAAAAAAAAAUACCAUAAGGGUAGAAUAUAGUGGUUUGGGUUGGCUGAGAAGAGUUUUAACAGCUUGACUUUCAGUGACCUUUAGUAUUUUCAUAAGGCUCUUGUUUUAAAGUUGUUUACAAAUGUAUUUUUUAUUUUUGUGUUAAACUAUCUGGAGUUUUCAGGAAUUUUUUCAUGUUUUUCUUGGGUUUCUUUUUUGUCCAGUUAAAGCUGCUCCUCUAAUAACGGAAGUGAAACACCUAGUUUUGUCUGGGCACUGCCUUCUCAGAAAAGGUAACAGGCUCUGCUUUUUGUUACAGUAUGUGUUCUGUAAGAUACUGUGUAAUUGAAAGUAUGCUUCUGUACACUGUACAGUUCUGCCAAAAUGCUCUUUUUAGGGUUUUUUUUUCUGAUAAGAAGUUGAAGAUUGUAAUUCAAAACUUGUACAUAAAAUGAUGAAUGAUUUCAUAUGAUUCAGGAAUGAAGAGUGUGGCUUUCUGCUACAGGGUUUUACUGUGUUGUCAGGAAUCUAAUUAAUAAAAGCUGAGAGACUUCCACAAA